UGAUCUUUGAGCAGCGCGAAUAUAUUGUUUCGAGUGUUUGAUAAAAUGAAUCAGUUAAGAAACUGUUUUGCGAAAUCUCAGAAAGGAGACAUAGAACUUGGUGACAUAAGAUCUCAAAAUAACAAUCAAAUGAUUUCAGCAUCAGAAUCUACCAAUUUAAUACAGAACAGCCGAGAUGAGUAUUUUCGAUGCAGAAAAAUUCUUGAAAGAUUCUUCAUAACCAAAAAACUCAGCAGUUUCUGCUCCUGUGUUGAUCAAUUAAAUUUGAAAGAAAUUUUCGUAACAUCAGUCGACACAUCUGCAUGCAUAAGUCUGAUUUUAAGGCAUAUGGAAAAUAAAGAUUUUUGGAAAAUUAAAGAACAUGAAAUUUUUUUGACUAAAUUUGUUGAAUCAACAGAUUUUAAAGUUGAAAAUCUUUUCAGCAUCUUGAUGUACGAUUGGCAUGAGCCAGAUAAAAAGCCACAUCAAAGUUAUUAUCUUGUAAAAAAGCUAGAAGAACUUACAAAUGGAAAUUUGUUUAAAAAGCUUUGGGAAAUAAUGAAUAAUCAAGAACAGAAGAAGUAUCAUCAAGUGUGCCUGAAAAUUCUUUAUUUUUAUAUUGAAGAAAAGAAGGUUUUCUUUGAAAGUUUAAAUGACCAAGAAACAAAAAGUGAAAUAAACGAAGAGGAAAAGUUCAGCGAUUUCUUGAAACAACGUUUAAAUGAAGUCUUGUCAUUGAUUCCAAACAAUGAAGAAUACAAAAUUCAAGUACUUAAAAUAUUGAUCCCAUUUUUGUCGUAUUCUGAAUUUACUGAUGACAUAAAACUGAAAAUCCUACAAAUCUUUGGAAAUAACACUUUAAAUGACACAAUCAAUGAAGUUGACAAAACAACAUGCAAAAUGUCAUACACAGUAAUGACAAAAAAUUGCGAUGAAGUUUUCUUCAAGCUAGCUUUUAUUAUGAAGAAAAACUUUACAAUGAACUUUAAAAUUGGAUAUAAAAAGUUUAUUGAAAUUUAUAAGAAUUAUUUUGGUGAAUAUUGGAAUUAUGAAAUCGUUCAGAAUGCAAAGUUGCUUCUGCUCAUGGCAGACAUUCAAAAUCUCACUGAUACCAGAGAGUUUAUUUUGAUAACAACAGAAAAAUCAAGAUUAAGAUCAGAUUUACUUCAAAGAUUUAAGAAUGUUGCUGAAUUUCAGGCAGUAUUUAAUGAGCCACUUGAUGAUGCUGUUCAAGUUAAGAUGGUGGAAUUGAAAGAGUUUGUGCUGAAUUUUGAAAACAUUUCAGAAAAUAAACGUAAUAAUUUCAAAAAAUUGUUCAAAAACACGCCAGAAAUCAGAAGACUUCUUUUUGGAAGAGCUACACUGGAAGGUUCAAGUUUAUUUGAGAUAAUCUUAUCGAACAAUUUGUUUUGUGACAUAAUUGAAUAUAUUUGGAAUGAAUUUGGAUUAUGGGAAAAACCUGAAAUAUUGUCAUUGAAAAAUUACAAUCAAAAAUUUCUUAUGGAUUAUGUUUUGGAAGCUAAACAUGAUAUGCACUUUAUAAGGUUCCUCAUGGUUCCAGUAUCAAAAGAAUAUGAGAAGAUUCAACGACCGAUUCAUUAUAUGAUGCUGAAAAAUUCAUUAUUUUACGAUACGUCAAACAUAAUAAAUUCCGAAAAUUCAGCCAAUCAAACCAAUGUCCCUAUAAAAUGCAUUUUUGAGUAUGAAAUGUCCUUAAUUGAUCAAAAUGAGACUAAGGAUUACGAGAACUUACAAAAUUUUCUUUAUCUACUUGAGGAAAUUUAUCAAUAUUGUCCUGAUAAGAAUGGCAAAAAUAAAUUUUUUGUUGACUUCCUUAAACAAAUUAUCUCGGAAAAAAAGGAAACAUUUAAUAAGGAACAUGAAUUGAAGAUGCCAAGAAAGCACUUUUAUAUUGGUUUGAUGAUGAUCUAUUGGGGCUACUACAUUAAGUUUCGUAAAAUUGGUCGAGAAUUCUCGAUCGAACUACACGGCCCGUCAGAAGAAGAUGUAGUAACAUUAAAUGAGUCAAUUGAAACUAUUCCAUUUUUUGAAAUACUUUCAUUGAUAAUUCAAAAGAAGGAAGACGAAGUAAUCAAAGGUCUUACAUAUUUUUAUGAGAACAUGGAAAAGCUAUACCUAAGUACUUAUAAUAUAGAAAGCAACUAUUCAAUGGAUGGAGACCCAGACGAAAUUUUUCAUUUUUAUGAGAAAUAUUCAACAAACUUCAGUUUUAUCUUCGUUUAUGCAGCAAUCAAGACAAACCAGAAGAACAUCAUGAAUGCAAUAUUCGAGUACAAUCACUUCCUCAUAAGUUGUCCAUCGUUUCCACAAAAUAUGAAAGCAGAUGACAUUCAUUGUGAUACAGUUGCAAAAUUCAUUGAAAAUCGAUAUGAGCUUGGACGAGGAGACCUUCCAAAACAUUGGAUAUCUCAAAAGAUGCUUAAGAAUUUCCUCGACUCCCGCAUCACAUGUGAAGAUAAUUUCUAUAAAGUUGACUGUCGCUUUAUGCUGCCAUACUAUAAUUACGAUAAAGUAGAUGAGAAAGCAGGUGAUGACAUGAUCUUGAAUGAGGAUUAUGAUACAAUGAAGUAUAUCCUCAACGAUUAUAACCUAAAGUCUUUGGUAUCACAUCCAGUCAUGGAGAUGAUUAUAAGAGCAAAGAUAUCAAAAUAUUAUCGAUUAUUCUUUUGGAAUUUGGUUUUAUUUCUAACAUUUUAUGUGUUUCCAACUAUUUUAUUGGUUGUCCAGCUUCAUUCUACACAGAUUAAGAAUUCUACAGUCACAAUGGAAGAUAUUGUAGAUCUUUCUUUUGAAGAAGAUAAUUCAACAAGAAUUGUAGACGAUCCAUCUGAAUUGCCAGAUAUGGCACUAGUAGAAUUUGAUUAUGGUUGGAUAAUUCUGCUGACGCUCAUAAGAGUUCCAAUUUUACUUCUUAGGGAAAUCUUUCAGAUGCUAUUUCGUGAGAAAAUUAAGGAAUAUUUUAAUAAGAAAUCUAAUUGGAUUGAAAUUUCUUUGAUUAUACUUCCAAUUAUUCAGACUGUUCCAAUAUUCAUCAAUUGGUCGAAUCCAUCAACUGAAGCAUUUAUCGCCAUAGCCAUAAUUGAAGUUAUUAAUAUUAUUCUUAUGAUCACUGCCACAGUUUCUUUAUAUCCAAUUUUAAAAUUCUCAAUCUAUAUGAAAUGCUUUUUUAAAGUCUUCUUGACAUAUUUGAGAGUUUUUGGCUUACUUCUACCUCUAUUCUUAGCAUGUGUUGCUAUAGUCUUCAUAGUAUUUGAUAAAAAGAUUGGUGGUGGAAUUGUAGAUUUUUAUAGUUUUGCAAAUACUUGUGUAAAGUACAUCAUCAUGUACUCUGGAGAAUUAUCGAUCGAUGCUGACCAAAUUAAUGGAAUCUUACAAGUUACAGCUAUGCUGGUGAUAAUAUUUUUAAUCAUUAACAAAGGGAACUUGAUUCUGUCAAUUGUAAUUGACGAUGUUCAAAAAAUAAUGAGACAAGCAAAAGAGAUCAGCUUAAGGUUAUAUGCUGCAAAAUAUGUGGAAUUUGCUGAAGGAAUUCGUACAUUUUAUGCAAACUAUUUUCACUACAAGGACGAAAAUCAGCAAAAAUGCUGCACAAAACUAAAAAAUCAAAGUUUAUUUUGGCUCGUUAAAUUUUUUACAAAAAAAUAUUCACAACUGCAUCGAAUCAACUUUCUUUAUGUAGAAAAGAAAUCAGGAAAAGUGUUCAUUAUUAAAAGACGUCCACUUUUUGAGUCUUGGAAUUUCAUCACGAGAACUCUCAAUAAAUUGCUUGUAUUUAGAUUCGUGUUGAGCUAUUGGAAUAAAUUCUUUUCACAUCUUGAUCUUGAUGCUGACACCAUGAAGAAAAUUGCUAAAAUUAUGAGCACUGACGGCGAUGCUGAUGAUGAAGAUUAAAAUUGUUCUAAAAUAUAAUACUAAUUUUUAUAAAGUUUUGAUUUAAAAUAAAAUGAAAAAAGUUUUUAAGAUAAAAAUUAAUGAUUGGUGUCAAACCUUUUUUGUGUCAAGGCACACUUGGUGAUGAGCCAUGACUGAUAAGCACACAACAAACGGUUUGUUGGAUAUCCCAAAUUUUAUUACUGCACACGGGUUGGUCAUCACUGAUUUAAAGAAUGAAGCAUAUGAUAAAUCAGCACAUGCAUAAAUCAUUUGUGAGGAUAAAUUUAGUUCAACUGUGCAAACUCAAGCGAUAAGACGUAUUUUAAUGUAAAUAAAAUACUUUGUUGAGUUCUUGAAUUUAUAAUGUAAGAAUAAAGUUAAUAAGUCGAUAUUUUUUGACAUAUGAAAAAGUUUUGACUAUAAUAUUUUUGCAUGGUUCCGAAAAUUUAA